AUGUGCGCCAGGAAGGUCCGGUGGUCGUGCCAGAAAGUCGUUGGCCUGGGUUCCUGCACUCAGAAAUCUUCUUCUGUGGAGCGGCAACAAGAUGUGGAGGCACUGAAAUUGGUAGAGGUAGAUUGUGGGCAGGGAGCUGUCAUGAACAAGCUCACCAUACAGACGAAUCCGGGCGACUUCAUGAUCAAACUGGUUGCACAGUGUUGUACGGCAGUGGCAACCCCUGUCGUCACACGACCGUACCGGAUGUUCCGGCGACAGCCCGAUGUCAAUGUCUUUUCCGGCAUCUAUUGCCCUGCCUCAGACAUAGAUGCGUCAGGCCGCCAGGCGUUCGUUAAAAACCGGACGCUGCUUGAAGCCAGUGGUUGGUUGCAACAUCGCUUGAUGUACGACCGUGGAGAGGGGCGCUGGUGCUUGAACGCAGGACAGAGCAAGCAGUGGAUGUGCUCCGGCGCUGACGUGGUACAUCCCUUGGAUUUAGGAUCGGCUUUGGAGUUCCGAAAGCUUGACGCGGCUCAAAACCUUCCUCCAGUUGUUGUCGUUCCCAUGACCAACUUCGACGGCGAGUUCCUUGGCAGUGGAGUGCUGAAGAACCGGGGAACCUCCUCGGGGGCCAAGCCCCAGCUGCUGACCUUCAGCGCCACCCAGCCUGACUAUGCGGAAGAGUGCCAAGAUCGCUACACACCAGGCAGCUGGGGCAUCUAG